ACUGUUCAAUCGGAAACUUUUACUAUCCCGGCCGUCUACAUCUCAUGUAAUAUAAUUAUAUUUGUAAUCAGAAUAGGCAGUAGAGCUAGAGUCAAACGAAUCAUGUGUGAAAACUUAAAGGUUUUCUAGUGUUUAUGUUUUCAAAAAAUCGUCUUCAUGCCUAUCGAAACGAGAACGAAUAGUGCUCUUUUCCGAAGAGCUGAACAAUUGAAACGGUGGGAAGAAUCCGAAACAAAUAAUGUUCCAGCCACAAUUCCUAAGGAUAAGAUACACAAAAUUAAAUUCAGCGAUGGAUGUGUGUUUUUAGCUGCAUGUGCAGCAAGUGAUACGGAAGAAGUUGAGCGGUUGUUAAAACAAGGCACUGACAUCAACACAGCAAAUGUUGACGGUUUAACAGCAUUACACCAGGCCUGCAUUGAUAACAAUUUAGAAAUGGUUCAGUUCCUUGUGGAGCACGGCUGUGAUGUUAAUCGUGGCGACAAUGAAGGUUGGACACCUCUUCAUGCAACAGCCUCCUGUGGUUUCCUUAGCAUAGCAAAAUAUUUAAUUGAAAAUGGAGCUAAUGUUGCAGCUGUCAAUAAUGAUGGGGAUCUACCUAUUGAUAUUGCUGAAUCUACGGAAAUGGAAGAGUACCUAUCGGAUGUUCUAGAUGAAAAAGAAAUUGAUUGUGAUGAAGCCCGCUCUGAAGAAGAGAGAAUAAUGUUGGAAGAUGCUAGAUUAAUUGCAGCUGGUGCUGUUGAUGCUAAUGAUAGAAUCCAUCCACGCACAGGGGCUACUCCUCUACAUGUAGCUGCUGCAAAAGGGUAUAUUGAAGUAAUUAAAAUUUUAAUUUCCGCUGGUGUUGAUUUAAAUGCUCAAGAUAAUGACGGUUGGACUCCUCUUCAUGCAGCUGCACAUUGGUGUCAAAAAGAAGCAUGUGCUCUUCUGGCUGAUAACUUAGCAAAUAUGGAUAUCCAGACUCCUGCCGGACAAACUUGCUUUGACGUUGCUGAUCCAGAUGUAGUGAAACUUUUAGAAGAAUUGAAGAAAAAACAAGCUUCAAUGCAGAAAGACCGUCCUGAAAUUCAGGCUAUUCUCCAAAGAACUAGCACUAGACCUCCAUUGAAACGAAGAACUUCUGUUACUCGUAUGAGUGGCCAAGAAAAGAGUAAAUCAGUUAUGAAAGAUACCAAAGCUGAAAGAGCUCAAAUUGAAAACCUGACUCUUAGAGAAGAGGAAACUGAAGAAGAGAAAGAAAAGAGACACAAUGCUAACAUAGAAUUAUUCAGAACACCACCUACUGAAAAUUCAUCUAAUGUUGCCCUAGACAAACCCUUAAGGAAGCCAUCUAACCGUGAACCUCCAGAGUCUCCAGUUAAAAAGGAGCCUGCAGAAGAAAGAAUUCCAUCAUGGAAAAAGGUUUUGCGGCGUGCAGCUGAAGAAAGUAUGAAUUCAGAUGCUAAUGAUUCAGAAGUUAUACUUAAAAGGCCAAAAAAACUUAAUGAAGAUAAUAAAGAAAAAGGUGAUGAUGCUGGGAAUAAGGAUGGGAGACCUACUAUUUCUCCUGUUCGAGAUGAUGAAUCAGAACUUCAGCGUAAAGCGCAUGCAAAGCGAGUUCGGGAAACACGGCGUUCUACACAGGGGGUAUUAUUAGAAGAUAUAAAAUCUGCUGAACUUCAGUAUUUAAUAAAUACACAGCAAGAAGCUGCUAAACGCCAAGCUGAAGAAGCAAAAAUGGACGAACCAUUAGAAAAUAAUAAAACUGAUGCUCUGCCGUCAGAUGUCCCAAAGAGUAAAGAAAAGGAAGAUUCUAAAGAAACAAAUGAUAGUCAUUCCUCUAAACCUGAAAAAACAGAAACAUCAAACAAACGCGAUUCUGAAAACAGAACAGCAGCUGAUGCUAAUAAUGCUGAAAGUGCUCCAUCUGUGACAUUAUCAUUGAGACAAAAAUCAGUUAGUUCACCAGAAGACAUAAGUCCAUCCGAUAGCAGAAGUUCACUAGGUACUCAGGCAGCUAUCCAAAGACGACGGAGACCCAAGAGACGUUCCACUGGAGUGGUUUACUUGGAUAGUGAUGAUGCCCCUGAAGAAAAAGAAAGCGUUAUAAGUGAUAAAGAUUACAACAGUACUACUGAAGCUGGACACACUGAUCGACCACGACAGAGAUAUGGAUCGUCAACUUCGAUUCCGGACAGUUCGUCCGAAGCAUCAUAUAGAAGUGAUACAUCUUCACGUUAUGGAUCCAAAGCUAGUUUAAGUGAAGACGAAAAUAAAGAUUAUAAGAAGCUUUACGAAGAACUGAAGAAAGAAAAUGAAAGAUUAAAAGAGACGUUAAGAAAAACAGAAGAUGAACUGGAAAGAACUAAGAAGCAGUUGCAGAAAUUGCAGAGCAGUAACAUGAAAAAUUCUGUUAGUGAAGCUGAGAAGAAGGAAAGAAGAAGUCUAGAACGGAAAUUGUCAGAAAUGGAAGAAGAAAUUAAGAAUAUUUCGAAAUUAAAGACUGAAAAUGAAAAGCUUAAAGCCGAAAAUCGAGCAUUGUCACGAGUGGUGUGCAAAUUAUCCAAAUAGCAAAAUGAGAAACUGAGGGCUGACAAUGAACGCUUAAGAGAAGAGAAUGCUGCUCUUAUUCGAGUAAUAAGUAAAAUAUCGCAGUAAUAGGGAGAUACUGUGUCUUAUUAUUUGUAUGGAUGUGAUCCAUCUCUUCCUGGUGGAUAUUGUCUUCCGCUGUGGUAAAACAUCAUUUUGAAGAAAGGCUUGUUUUUAAAAAGAAACUUUUGAUAUUUUUACCAAAACUGAAAAGGACGUGUUUUGUAAAAUUCUCUUUAACAGUCAGAUUACUGGUGGUGCUCAAGUUUCAUUACUUUUUGAUUUGUCAUGUAUUAAAAGUAUGGUUUUCCAUGCUAAAUAUCAGGUUUAUUGCAUUGUUAUAUUUGCAAUUUGCUCUCGUUACUUAAAUUGCAGUGAAGUUAUCUAUCUAGUCCUUCUAUAGUAAAUUCUGCCUGAGAUAGUACUGACUGUUGAGUACUUAUUCAGGUAGUGUUGUUUUUAUACUUAUGCCUGUCAUACAACUCCAUCUUUUAAAUAAAGGAAUAUGACAGUUGUCUUUUACUUAUAAUUACUUGUGCUAGAUUUUCUUUUGUAUCAUAUGUCUGAUUUUUACAUGAUGUUUUAUAUUUUAUUCUUUUUGUCAUUGUUCGAUGUUUUGGAAGGUGCUAUGAAGGAACAAUUGGCAUUAAAUUUUAUUCUUCUGAACUACUUUUAUAACACGAACCUAUAAAUGUAAAACUAAACUUUUUAUUUGCAAUAAUAUUGUUACAAAAUUAAUUUUAGUCAAACUAGGAUAUAUUGAAAUUUAACUUCAGCACAUGUAAAAAAAAAUGUUUCCUUGUAUUUUGCAUGUAGUUAUUUAUUAUUGAUAAACACUCUUAUUGACUCUUAUUUGCUAUUAAACUGUAUACCACAUUUACUUGUUUUAUAUUAAAUUUAUAUUUAGAAAUGAGAGCUCUGCCUUCGAUUGGAAGGACUUCGUUUUUACUUACAUAUCUAGCUUAUUAAAUAUUUAGUUCCAAAUUACUUUGAAUUAUUUAUUGUUAAUUUAUUGUGUUUAAGAUACAUUUAUUAUAAUGUCCUUAAAAUUAGUUGUUUUCAUUUAACCUCUAUUGGUCUCUCUUCUCAUCUACCGUCAAUCUUUUCCUUCUGUUUGUAUGUGUGAAUAGCAUGUGUAAAUAUUUUGAUAAGCAUCAUCACCAAAAACGCAUUUUAUAUUAAUUAUGUGCCUUUGAGGUGCCUUGAGAUAUCAUGGGUUAGAACAUGAUUGAUCAUGGUUAACCAUAUGCACUGCCAACUUCAUUUAGCUGUUAAAAGAUCUGAUAUAGAUCUGAUAUAGUCAUACCAAUUUCACUUGCUUAAAAAAUGCUCAUAUUUUUUGACACUGAAGAUUUCUAAAACUGUAUUUUCUGUUAGUUGUUAAUUUUUUGGUAAGUCAAAAAGGAAUUUAGCUAAUCAAGUGUAAAAGCUUUUGGAAUAUAAAUUUAAGGACAAAAUAAGUUUUAUCAAACUGCUGAUCAUACCUGUUUUGUAAUACUUACAUUCAGCUCUUUUUAAGAAGACUUUUUAUACUAAAAUGGUUUGUUAAAUUUUUGCAAUCUACAAGAAAUAAACUGGUAUGGAUACAAGCUUCUGUUGUAGAUUGUCUUAUUUAUGCUGCAACAUCAUUUAAAAUACAGUAUUACAGUUAAUUAUCAUAUUUCAAUUUUUAUGUUUAAUGAAGUUUUACAAUGUAAGGCUUUGAUGACAAUAAAAACCGAUGUUUAAUUUGUUCCCAACCAUAAUAUCCAAUUAAAAAUAUAUAUAUUGGUGAUCGUUUCAGACUGUGUGAAGAAAUUUGUGAAAAUAGCUUUGAGGAACUGAACAUGAUGAAAUACAGUAUGUUGUAAUCAGAUGUAGUAGAGAAUUUUGUGAUCUGCAAGAAAAUGAAAUACCCUUUUAAAUUUAUUAUAUCUAGUGUUAUUAACAUAGUUACUUAAAGAUGAGUAUUUAUAAUUUGUUUGAGAGAUGCAGUUUUUUUAUAUUAAAUUUCUUAUCCCCAUAGAAACCAUGUUAAAAAUUUGUUUUGUUUUGUCUGCUUACUGUGAUUUGCUCUAUAUAUUUAUUGAUUGAAAUUUCCAUGUAGCCACGACUGAAAGAACAGACAUUGCAAUUGUCAUUUUUAUGUUGUUUGCUGUUCCUCUUAAAAUGUAGUAGUAUUUAUAAGAGUCUAUUGUUCAUUAACUUUUUGAAAAGUAUUAUAAAUAUGUACAGAGUUAAAGCUUAUGUGAAACAAUAAACAUUUCUGGAAGUA